AUGCGUCACUUCCUCCCGGAAGACACUUUCUUCAGGAACCACUCAGAUUCCUGUCACUUCUCAGAAUCCUUCUGUGGUGGCCAUGGCUCUGCCACCCUUCUUCGCCCCGGGUCGCCCCGGCCCGCCGCCCCCGCAGCCGCCGCCUCCCGCUCCCUUCGGCUGUCCGCCGCCGCCACUACCCUCCCCGGCCUUCCCGCCGCCUCUUCCCCAGCGGCCUGGCUCCUUUCCGGGGGCCUCCGCCCCCUUCCUCCAGCCUCCGCUGGCUCUGCAGCCCCGGGNGAGGCUGAGCGGGAGGCGGAGGCCGCGCGGGCAGCUGAGCGCGAGCAGGAGAUUGACCGCUGGAGGGUCCAGUGCGUGCAGGAGGUGGAGGAGAAGAAGCGGGAGCAGGAACUUAAAGCUGCUGCUGAUGGUGUCUUAUCUGAAGUGAGGAAGAAACAAGCCGACACCAAAAGAAUGGUGGAUAUUCUUCGGGCCUUGGAGAAAUUGAGGAAACUUAGGAAAGAGGCUGCGGCAAGGAAAGGGGUCUGUCCUCCAGCCUCAGCAGAUGAGACUUUUGAGCAUCACCUUCAGCGACUGAGAAAACUCAUUAAAAAGCGCUCUGAACUCUAUGAAGCUGAAGAGAGAGCCCUCCAAGUUAUGUUAGAAGGAGAACAAGAGGAAGAGAGGAAAAGAGAAUUAGAAAAGAAACAGAGGAAAGAAAAAGAGAAAUUUUUACUUCAGAAGCAUGAAAUCGAGUCCAAGUUAUUUGGGGAUCCAGAUGAGUUCCCGCUCGCUCAUCUCUUGCAGCCUUUCCGGCAGUAUUACCUCCAAGCUGAGCACUCCCUGCCAGCACUCAUCCAGAUAAGGCAUGAUUGGGAUCAGUACCUGGUGCCAUCUGAUCAUCCCAAAGGCAGCGCCAUUCCUCAAGGAUGGGUCCUUCCUCCGCUCCCCAGCAACGACAUCUGGGCAACCGCUGUUAAGCUGCAUUAGUAAAGAUGCUCCAGGAGUGUCAUCCAGCCAAGACUCUUUUCCAGCUCGAAGUAUCAGUGAUGCUGGCGUCUUGUACAGUAGACCAGACUCCAUGUGGCAUUGCCCUACCCAGAAGUUAUAUUUUUCUUCUGUCCUCUGUCUCAGCCAGAGGUGCCUCUUGAAUCAGGAGAUUAAUACGAUUCUUCAAGAAAGGACCUAGGUGGACUGAGGUUAUCGUGACAGGCAGUGGCCUUGGUUCACCGAAUUUGCCUCUGUUUUGAGGGGCUUCAUCCAGAGUGACUUGCAAGUUUACUCGUACCUUUCUUGCAUGGUAAUGGGUAAGUACACUAUACACACAUAUCCACGACACAGGUGUGCUCUGGGUAGAUUAGCAGUCCUUCCCCCAGGACCGCUUGUUAAGGCAAGCUUGAUGCAAAAUCUCCUUACCUUUCUUACCCAAAGACCCCCCUAACUUCCAGGAAGAAAAGUCAGGAAGGCUUUAUCUUCAGUUUUGUGAAUUCUACUUUUGAUGCAGCUGGAGAGGCUAGGCUGCCAGAAAAGCUGGUGGCCUCACUGCUAGUCAUGUGGAGAACUUGGAAGGCCUGCAGAGUACUUGUAUCCAAACUGGAUUGUGUUUUAAUGGGUGCUGGCUGCAUUUCCCCCAUGUCAGAAGGAUCCUAAUGAAAGCACCUGCUUUUUAAGUUCCUAAAGGUCUGGUUGUUCAGAAUCCCCAGCGAUAAAAAUUAAUUUCCUUAUAGGAUUGGGACCCUGAUUAACUUUACUCAGUCACCCUGUGGGAGCCGGUAUAGUGGAAAUUGUGGAAUUUUCUUAAGAACUCAAGCUUCCAAGAAUACACAUGUAGUUGAAGUGAGGGACAGGGGGAAAGUGGAUUGAAAUGAUAAAGUUUAUUUUUUAUAUUCAUUAAUAAAUGCUGUUGUGCCUGGAGAUAAUCAAUCAUA